GGAUCCCAGCAGUGACUACCAUUUCCUCAACCACAUUUUGUGGAGAAGAGUGAAACUCACAUUGGUUUCUGGCAUCUUCGAGGGCGUGCUCCAGCAUGUGGACCCUAACAAGAUUGUUGUCCUAAAACACGGUUUGGUUCUCUUUGUCAUCUUCCUUUGCCUCCUUAAGGGAUUAGCAGCUGUGUGUGGGUAAUGACUGUGGGCAGCAUUAGUAGCUGAGAUUAGCAGUGUUGUUUCUAUUUUAAGAAUGGUCUGAGAAAAUAGUAGAUUACUCUUCCCUAGUGGAGCAACAUGGCUGCCCAUGUUGACCCGUCCUCACUUGACAUAGUGGAAAUUUUCUUUCUUAUUAUUUCUUUAAUAUGUGUGAGUGGUUGGUCUGCAUGUAUGUCUGUUUGUCUUAUGCAUGCUCGGUACCCAUAGAUGUCAUAAAAGACAUAGGACCCCUGAAGUUACAGAUGGUUAUGAGUUGUUACAUGGGUGCUGGGAAUCAAAUCCAGGUCCUCUGGAGCAGCAUUCAGUGCUCUGAACUGCUGAGCCAUCUCUCCAACCCUGAAGGUGUUAAUUUUCAACAUAAUAGUUUUUAAAAAUUGGGGACUUCUCUUAAUUAUAUGAAUAUUGAAAUUAAUCUUGUUAUUGAAAUUUCUUUUGGCUUCAAAAAAGGGGGAAAAAUCAUAGAUAUAAAAGAUUAAUUUGUUUCAAACAAAAAGAAGUCCAGAAGUCAGGAGUCCAGGGCCAGCCUCAACUACAUAAUGAGUUUGAAGCCAGUCUGGAAUAUGUGAGAAACCUGUGUCAAUGUAGCUCAGUUGGUGGAGUUCUUGCAUAACACACAGAAGACCUGAGGUUCAAACCCUAACCCCACAUAGGGCAGCUGUAGUGGCACAUGGCUUUCUGUUUUAUUUUGGUUUAUUUUGAUACAGGGUUUCUCUAUGUAGCCCUGGUUGUCUUGAAACUCACUCUGUAGACCAGGCUGGCCUCGAACUCAGAGAUCCACCUGCCUCUGCCUCCUGGGUCCUGGGAUUACAGGCAUGCACUGCCAUUGCCGGGCUGGCACAUGUCUUUAACCCCAGCAGUUGGGAAUUUUUUCCUUUUAGUUUCUUCUCUUUUUUUUCUUUUCCUUUUUUGACAGGGUCUCAUUAUAUAGCCUUGACUGGCCUGGAACUUGCUAUAUAGACCAGGCUAGCCUGGAAUUCAAGAGAUCUACUUGGCUCUGCCUCCCAAGUUCUGGGGUUUAAAGUGAAGAACGUAGAGACAGGCCGGAGUGUCCCAGGAGUGAAGAUGUUUUUUGGGUAUGAGAUUUUGAAUGUGGAACUGAUGGAUGAAGCAGAACAAGGUGCAUCUGGGGAGAAGGCGUCUUCCACUAGCAUGAAUGCAGAAAAGGCUGGAAUGGAGAAAAUGAAAGAUGAAGACCUAACAGUGUGUGAGCCUGCUUCACCUCUGCCAGAGGCACCAGCCAGCUCUCUGCUCAGCGACUUCAAAUACUGCCCAUCAGAGGAAGAGGAGGUGACAUACACCGUCGUUGAUCAAUUCCAACAGAAGUUUGGUGCUGCAAUGCUCCACAUCAAGAAGCAGAGUGUCCUGAGUGUGGCUGCAGAAGGAGCCAAUGUGUGUCGCCAUGGGAAACUCUGUUGGCUUCAGGUGGCCACAAACAGCCGAGUUUACUUGUUUGACAUUUUUCUUCUGGGAAGUCGUGCUUUCAACAAUGGGCUUCAGAUGAUCUUAGAAGACAAGAGAAUCUUAAAGGUCAUCCAUGAUUGUCGAUCGCUUUCGGAUUGCCUGUCUCAUCAGUAUGGAGUCAUGCUGAACAAUGUCUUUGACACACAGGUAGCAGAUGUCCUUCAGUUUUCCAUGGAAACUGGUGGUUUCCUUCCAAACUGUAUCAGUACUUUGCAGGAGAAUUUAAUCAGACACCUUAAAGUUGCUCCUAAAUACCUCUCCUUUUUAGAAGAGAGACAAAGAUGUAUUCAGGAAAAUCCAGAAGUAUGGCUGACAAGACCUCUUCCACCCCCUUUAUUGAAAAUCUUGGCCCUGGAAACAACCUACUUGCUUCCACUCCGCUUGGUACUCUUGGAUGAGAUGAUGUCAGAUUUAACCACACUAGUAGACGGGUACCUAAACACCUAUCGAGAAGGUUCUGCAGACCGGCUUGCAGGCACCGAGCCUGCAUGUAUGGAGCUGCCCGAGGAGCUACUUCAACUCAAGGACUUCCAGAAGCAGCGCCGAGAGGCAGCUGCAGAGGCGUAUAGAAUGAAUGCGCAGGGCCUCCUCAUCAGAACCGGGCUGCAUCCAAAGAAGCCAGGGGGUCGCACAGCAGGGAAAGAGGACCAAAUCAAAGGCUUUUUAUUUUGUAAAACUUCUGGCAUAGACAAAGCUCCACGUUUUCUUUGUCACGAAUCUGAUAAGGAUGAGAAUUUUUUGGAAAAAGAAUGUAAACAGACUACAGCAAAGUCUCAUAAUCUGCCUCCCAUGAAGGAGGCCAAAGCCAGCGAGGAGUCUGAAAACAAGCCAACAGGACCAGAAAACCCCAGAACCCAGAGAACUCACUCCCUGACUCCCACUCAUGAUUCCCAGGCACAUUUUUCUUUGAAAGAGGAGAUAGAACAGUUGCUAAUGGUAGAAAAUAAGAAAGCUGUAAGAAGCCCAAAUGAAGACACUUUAGUGUCUCCUUCUCUUCCUCAGGAAACCUGGGUGGCACCAAGUGACCCCUUCCAUCUUUGUGGAAAGCCUGUGGUUUCUACACUUCCACCCUGCCCAGCCCUGGAGAAGACAGAUCCAUGGAUAAGUCCAUCUCCAAAUCUGUUUUAGGAGUUAAGGUUUCUUGCUGAGUUCAUGGAGGGACUCCUCUACCCUGCUAGCAGAGUUCCUAUUAGUUUCUCCUGGGGUAGGUCUCUGCCACAGGCUUCUGGGAAAGCGACCUUGGUUUAGUGUGUCAUCCUGGUGUCUGGAUUCGGAUGGGAGGAAUAAGUGAAAUAAUGGACCACGUCAAACUUCUGAUUCUGUCAAUAUAUACAGAAAUAUUCCCAGUAGCCUGAGUAAUUACUUCUCAUAAUUUAGGUUUAGUGAACAAUGCUUGGGCUCAGUAUCUGGAAGGAUCUAGUUUAGGAACAUUGUGGGCAGCUCCUGCGGGUGCUGGGGCUGGUGCAGCCUGCACAGGCCAUGGGUUCAGUCUGCAACAUCACCAAAAAACAAAAGUUGUAUUUUUAUCUGUUUGCUUGGGUUUGUUUUGGUUUUUUGACUUUUAAAGUGAUGAAGUAAAUAUAAAAACCCUUACUUGCAGCUUAAAAAAUGUAUAUCAUCCAACUUCACCAGUACUUUUCUCCUUAAAAUAUUACUUGAAUUGUGAAUUUUUGUGUAUUGUAUUCUAGCCUGAGAAUAAGUAAUGUCAUUAUAAGGUUCAGUCUCUCAAUUUUCUCUAAAUCUCAUUAGCCUUGAGGUUUUGUUCAUUUUCCUAACAAAGCAGGGACGCUGGCUUCUUUGUUAAUCCCUUUGUGGAAAAGUAGCAUUUGAGUCAAUUGGGUUUGCAUAGAGCUGUCACAUUUCCUGAGAGUGAAGAAAAACAGCUUGCAAGGAGGGCAUUUUGUGUUGAGUGCUCAGAAAUCACACAUGUAUGUAA